UGUUAUCAAGAGGACCCCAAAUGUCAACAAAACAAAAACUGCAAUCCGCUUUGGGAUUGCUGAAAAAGUACGAAUGGCUUUUAAACUCCUACGUUCUGGACUUUUAUGUAGAUGACCAUUGGAGCAAGCUGCCGGCUAGUUGGCAACAUCAACUGGAAGGCAUUCCCCUGGAAAUGUUUGAAGCGCUACUCCAAACAGAUGACUGUGAAAGUGGUCCCAAAAACACGAGCAUAGUUUGGCCACUGGAGGUGUUGGUGCUGCGUGAAGUCCUUCGCAGUCAUUGCAUUAGCCGGACACAGGAAUAUCAGCCCAAAGAGUCGAUUCCUUGUCCGCUGCUUCGACAUCACAAGCUGAAGCACCUGUUCAUGAAACGUGUCAAGCCCAAGAAGCAGCAUGAAAUCACCCGAAUGGCUGAGAUUUGUGCCUUCAGCUGCCGGACGACACCAGUGGACUUUAUUGUCGAUUUCGGAGCAGGCGUUGGACACCUGGCACGCAUUCUGGGCUAUGGAUAUGGCAUACAAGUCUGCUGUUUCGAGAUGCAGCCCGAGCUGAAUCAGCAAGCAGUGGCCAUUGAUGGGAAGCUGGAAUCGAUUGCAGCCAAGCUCACAGAAGCCAGCGGCUACAAGCGGCCAGUGCAUCUUACUCAGCGUCUGGAGAGUAACACGCAACCGGCGCAAUUCAUUGCUGGGAUCCGUGAUGCCCUGCAACUGGCAGACGAUGACUUUCGUUUUGGCAUUGUAGGCCUGCAUCCAUGUGGGAACCUAGGGGCGACGUUGAUGCGAAUGUUUCUUGGGUGUACUCAGGCCAAGUUCCUGAAUUUCGUGGGCUGCUGCUACCAGAAGAUGACCACUCCAACAACGCAUCCCCGGGUAGAGGUGCAUGGCUAUCCGUUGAGCUCGUUCCUGCAGUGCAAGCGAGCAACAGAUACGCACCUCAGCUACGAAGCCAGGGAGAUCUCUUGCCAUGCCAUGGAGGUGUACCGUGACCGCUUGCAGGCUGGUCAACAUGACUAUCUGAAAAUACACUCGUUUCGGGCCGCCGCGGAACGCAUUAUCGUCCAGCAGUAUCCCCAUCUGCGACACUGUGCGCUCCGCAACGUUAAGCAUGCCCCUGGCAUGUCUUUCCAGGAUUAUUUCCAGAAAGCCGUGCAGGGAACUCGAUUUGAAACGCUAGAUCCCCUGGUUCUGGGUAUCGAGCAAUGCACUGCAGACGUACAGCACUGGCAGCGGCUCGUUAUCUUCUAUACGCUUCGCCUGAUGCUUGCGCCGCUCGUGGAAAGCAUUAUCCUCUAUGAUCGUGCUCUGUUCCUGUCUGAGAAUGAUUGUCUGGUUGAGCUUCAGGCUAUCUUCGAUCCCCGCCUAUCGCCGAGAAACCACAUAUCCAGGGCUGUGAAAAUGUCAGACGUCAGCAAUAAAUAAACCGCAGGCCUCAUAAACCUAAAGUGGGUUUAUCUUGAAGACUUCAAGUUAUUUUUUAUACGCUUUUAUUACAGUAAAGAUAAAGAUAUUAUCAUAUGUCAGAUACACUAAGUA